CGUGAGCUCGGUGCACCUCAAAAACUAAAUUCGUUCCCUGGUCUUUCCCGUGCUAAGCCCAUCACUCCGCUGCUCCGCCGUCUUCAGAUCCCUCUCUCUCGCAGCUUUUGAUCAAUCCCGUCGAUUUCAUUCGCAAGCAUUCUCUUUUCAUUUCGAUUUGAUGCGCCAUGGUGGUUUGCAAAUGCCGCAAGGCAACUCGGAUUUACUGCUUUGUGCAUAAGGUUCCUGUAUGCGGGGAAUGCAUUUGUUUUCCCGAGCAUCAAAUCUGUGUGGUCCAAAAAUACUCCGAUUGGGUAGUUAAUGGAGACUAUGAUUGGCCUCCUACUUGUCCGCGGUGCCAAGCUGAGAUUGAAGCUGGAAGUGAAACUAUUCGAUUGGGUUGCUUGCAUGUUAUGCACACCAAUUGUUUGGUGUUACAUAUUCAAAGCUUUCCAUACCAAACUGCACCAGCAGGAUAUGUUUGCCCUUCGUGUUCAUCCCCUAUAUGGCCACCUAAAAAUAUUAAAGAUACUGGAUCUUACUUGCACACGAAACUGAAAGAAGCAAUUAUUCAGAGUGGCUUGGAGAAAAAUAUAUUUGGAAAUUACCUGGUGUCAUUACCUCCUGUGGAGCCCCGAGCUACUCCUCCUGCUUUUGCUUCAGAUCCUCUUGUUCACAUAUCCUCUGCUGAUGAUGGAGAGAAGAUCAAUGCCAAUUCAUUUGACUCUAUUAAAGAUAAAAGUAUGGCUUCUUCUUUGGGUGGAAUAGCAUCUCUCAAGAAUUCUGAAGAAGAUAUUGUGGAAAUAGAAGGCCCUAGCUCUGUAGGAAAUCAUUUCAUGUCCGAUCAAGAUCCCAAUUUUAUGAAAAGCAAGAAUGCUACAACUCCUGGUGCUACUACACGAAAGGGAAGCUACCAUGUUGAACGGCAAAGCUCUGAAGUCUCUUAUUUUGCAGAUGAUGAAGAUGGGACACAUAGAAAGUAUAGCCGAAGGGGCCCCUUUGGUCACAAAUUUCUGAGAAUGUUACUUCCCUUCUGGUCUACCGCACUGCCGACCCUACCUGUGACUGCUCCAUCCCGCAAAGAGAGAUCUAAUGCAGAUGAUGCUCAAGAAGGACGUGUGCGUCAGCAAAGACCUUCAAGAACGGAUCCCAGGAAAAUUUUACUUGUGCUGGCAAUCAUGGCAUGCAUGGCAACUAUGGGAAUUUUGUACUAUCGCUUGGCUCAACGUAACUUUGGCGUCGACAUUCCAGAAGAUUUACCUCAAUGAGGAGAGAGGUCCUUUAUCCUUAUUUUAUGCUUAUUCUUUUGUAGAGGUGCACUUUUUGAGGGCUUUGUUGAUACAAAAUUUUCUUUGGGACGAUUUUCUUAUUGAUUCUUAAAGUACUUUUUUAGUAAAAAAUUAUAAUUUUUUACUAAAAAAGCUGCUUUAAGAAGCAGUAAAAAAUCGUCCCAAACGAAACCUAAAUCUGCUUUCUAAUGCUUCAUGAGGAAAUGCUGCAUGGGGAACUGUUUUCUAUUGUAGGGAAUGCUUCUGUGGCUCUGUUUGAGUUUUUACUUAUUUAUUAUAUGAAUUCUUUUACUUGUGGAAAAUGAGAUGUUCCAUCUUUCACC